GUUUCUCUACGGAUGGGGGUUUGGUGUUUUUGUCUCCUGUAGAAUCUAAAUUGGUCUCCAGUAGAAUCUAAAUUCCAGUCGUGGGCUUCUAUUAGGAAUGUCAGGGAGCAUGUCCAGGGCCAUGUAACCUUUUCGUCAACGUCCCCUACUCGGAAUUAAGGUGGCUAGAGAAGCACAGGAGUGGGUUUGUCUGCCUUCUCCACACAUGCACAGAAGGGUGAAGUGUGCGUGCUGAUUUGUGCUGGUGAUGUUGGUGACUGUUUCUGAAAUGCAGAGUACAGAGAUGUGCUGCUGAUUGCAUCUGUGUUGCUGUAAAGAGCCUUUGGUGUUUUUCUUGUUUCCUAUCUGUGCACUGGGAGAUGGUGUUGCAGCCUCCAAGACAGCCAGGAGCUAUCGAGAAUAGGGCUGAGAGAACCCACAUCCCUGCGGGCGGUGUCACUGGGUGGCCUUAGCCUGAAUUGAAAGAGUAGCAAUUUGCCCAUCUCCUGGGUUGAUAAAGUGGGGGUAAACUCCAUGGUUGCAGGAAGGAUGCAUAGAAAGAAGAGAUAUGGUAGAAAUUCAGGCAAGUUAGUUCUUGACCGAUUUUUUCUGCAUUGUGAGAAGUUACUUAUCAAAAGGUUACAAUGAAACUCAUCAUUUUAGAGAAUUAUUCUCAAGCCAGUGAAUGGGCUGCAAAAUACAUUAGAAAUCGGAUCAUCCAGUUCAACCCUGGUCCAAGCAAAUACUUCACUCUUGGGCUUCCUACUGGAAGUACACCGCUAGGGUGCUACAAAAAGUUAAUAGAAUAUUUCAAGAAUGGAGAUCUCUCUUUCAAAUAUGUGAAAACCUUCAAUAUGGAUGAAUAUGUAGGACUUCCAAGGGAUCACCCAGAAAGCUACCAUUCCUUUAUGUGGAACAAUUUUUUCAAGCACAUUGACAUCUCCUCUGAAAACACUCACCUUUUGGAUGGAAAUGCUGCUGACCUGCAAGCAGAGUGUGAGGCUUUUGAAGAAAAAAUCAAGGCAGCUGGAGGAAUUGAACUCUUUGUUGGAGGAAUUGGUCCAGAUGGUCAUAUUGCCUUCAAUGAGCCUGGCUCAAGUCUGGUAUCCAGAACCAGAGUGAAGACCUUGGCUAUGGACACUAUAUUAGCUAAUGCUAGAUUCUUUGAUGGAGACCUAUCCAAGGUGCCCACAAUGGCUCUCACAGUUGGUGUGGGAACAGUCAUGGAUGCCCGAGAGGUUAUGAUUCUAAUCACAGGAGCUCAUAAAGCUUUUGCUUUAUACAAAGCUAUUGAGGAAGGAGUGAACCACAUGUGGACAGUCUCUGCUUUUCAACAACAUCCCCGUACUGUCUUUGUAUGUGAUGAGGAUGCCACCCUGGAACUUAAAGUAAAAACAGUGAAGUAUUUUCAAGGUUUGAUGCUUGUUCAUAACAAGUUAGUGGAUCCCUUAUACAGUAUAAAAGAAAUGGGAGCAGAAAGAAGCCAGUCCAAGAAACCAUACAGCGACUAAUCUCUUAAGUCUCUGGAAGCAGAACCUUGUGUAGGAAAUUUCCACCACCACUUGCUGCAAAUCUGUAAGAACAUGAACAUUUUCUAUUCUAUUGUUGGAAAAAAUAUAUUGAAUCUGCCAUGGACCUAAGCCAAGUGGAGGCAGUACCAAUGGAUGCAGUAAUCUCCGAGACAAAGCUAACUACGGUCACCAGUGUUUUCAUAAUCAAGACCAAAUGAACAAUAGAAAUGAUCAGUUCUUCGUAAUAGUGCAUGGCGUGCACUCUUUAAAAAAAAAUGAGGAAGCUAUUUUUUUAAUUUAUAAGAACUCAAUGUGAAAUGCUGAAUAAUGUGGUGCUUUGCUACUAAUGUGAUUUUUCUAUAUUAAAAGCAUAAAUGUUUUCCAACAUAA